AUGGUCCGGGUAUCUGGACGUAAAGUCGUUGUGUCGAUGACCAUUGCAGAAACUUCGCUGACAAUCGACGGGAACGUUUAUGUCGUGGCUCCGGGCUUUUAGAAGCAGAAGGUUCACAAUCCGCGAAUACGCGUGGAGAGCUUGCUCAUCAGCCCCGUAUGA